UUGCUUCUGAGUGUUAUCUCUCUAUGUGUGGCAUCUGCAGAGUUUACUGGUGGAGGUGGUGAUCGUGUUGUUCCUGAUACUGCACCUGAAACCAAAGUUCUUCAUACUGAAGGGCAACAGACUGACCACCCUCCUGCCGGUCCUACGGAUCCUGUUAGUCUUUGUCCUGCAGGUAGUGAUGGCGGUAGUUGUCUUCCUACUUCUGCUGAGACGUCGUGCCCUCCUAAUUCUUCCGUUUCAACCGAUGGUCAGCCUUGUUCCCCAGCAUCAGCAAAAGUACCGGAUGCAACU